CUCAGCCAGGCCUUUCCUGUUUCCCUCCCCCUCGCGAGCGCCUCCGCCAGGCUUGUUCACGUGACCGGCCCAGGGGAGGGGCGGGGCUCACAGAAGCGUGAGGGGAGGGGCGCUGGAAGACGUAGUAGCGUCAUCGAGAGGCGUCGGGCUAGUUGUGGGGCUUAGUGUUUCAGGGAGUCUCGAGGUUCAGGGGCGAGGCGAGAUGGCGGAGGCCGCGGCGCUUGUGUGGAUUCGGGGCCCCGGCUUCGGGUGCAGGGCUGUGCGGUGCGCCUCGGCUCGGUGCUCCGUCCGGGAUUUUAUCCAUCGACACUGCCAAGAUCAGGAUGUUCCAGUGGAAUACUUCUUUGUGAAGUGCAAUGGAGCACUCAUUAACAACAGUGACACGGUGCAGCAUGGAGCUGUUUAUAGUUUGGAACCCAAACUUCUUGGUGGGAAAGGAGGUUUUGGGUCUAUGCUCCGAGCACUUGGUGCUCAGAUUGAGAAGACAACUAAUCGAGAAGCUUGCCGGGAUCUCAGUGGAAGGAGACUACGAGAUGUCAAUCAUGAAAAAGCAAUGGCUGAAUGGGUAAAACAACAAGCAGAGCGAGAGGCCGAAAAGGAGCAAAAACGGCUGGAGCGACUGCAGCGGAAGCUUGCGGAGCCCAAGCACUGCUUCGCCAGCCCCGAUUACCAGCAGCAGUGCCACGAGAUGGCCGAGCGCCUGGAGGAUUCUGUCCUCAAAGGUAAGAGUGAGGAUUCCUUAGUGUCAGCAGCAGGCAAUGUGGCAGAAUCUGUUUCCUGGAAAAACUGGAACUCUUUGCUUUACAGAGAAGUCAUAAACAGUGUUAAACCUCUCUGUUGCUCUGACAGGUUGGGCAUGGAAGGACUGGGAACUGCAGAAGAGUCCAGUUCUGAGAGCUCAGAAGAUGACGGUGAAGAAGCACCUAGUACUUCAGAAAUGAGCUUCCACACUUCAAAAAUUGGCAGUGAUGGCAUCAAGAAGUCAGGCGAAUUUCCCAGUAGUUCUCAGAGGGUGGGAGUAGUGAGUACAGAGUUUAGAUCACCAGAAAAACUGCAAAUGCCAGUGACUGACUCUGGAAAGGAUAUUUCAGAAGACUUGUGUGCUGGGCUAGGGGAGACAUCUACCAACGAGCACACGGAAAACAAGAUGAUCGUUUUAGAAACAGAAGAGACCUGGGAGAGAAAGAAGGCAGAGAGUCAAGAACCCAUAGAAAAGGAAGCAGGUGAGGCUGGACUAAACAGGGAUAAAGAGACAAAAGAAAUGACUGAUGGGAAAAGAGCUGCCAACGUAGUACCUGGAGAAGAGAAGGAAAAAGUUCCCAUUGCCAAACUGGAGGGAAGCCAGCCGGGAAAUACAGUUAUUGGUAAGGAAACUAUAAAUUUAUUGGCGUUCAGCUCUGUUGCAGACCUGGAGCUGCUGGGUUUGGAGAAGCUCAAGUGGGAACUGAUGGCCCUGGGACUGAAGUGCGGGGGCACUCUGCAGGAGCGGGCAGCAAGACUCUUCUCUGUCAGAGGACUGGCAAAGGAACAAAUUGACCCAGCUUUGUUUGCCAAGCCUUUGAAAGGGAAGAAGAAAUGAAUUUCAUCACAGCUGAUUUCCUAUUUCUUUAUAGACUAGCAUCAUAACCUGCAUAAUGUGGACUCUUAUAUUCCUGUUUAUAUUAAAAGCUAACUUUUUAACAAUCUA